CUGGAGUGUAAAAUGCAUUGGCUUUUUAGUUACUAUAAAUAUGAAUAUUUAUUCGAAAAUUGUAAAAGGAAGAUGUAGUUAUUUUGAAGUUCAAUAGGUGACCCAGAUUUUAUUUUGAAAGUUGAAACAGGAAGGUGGCUUGCUCGCUGCUGGUCAGUAGUCUGUUGAGGAAGGGGUUUGACUACAAAUUCCACCGUUGACUGGACUGUUUAUGUCUCGGGGUUACAGCACUGAGCUAGCUGAAGAGCUCAUCUUGUCCUGUCCGUCCAUAAAAUGGUGGUGAUUGGGGCGUUGAUGAUCAAUGUGUGAGGAGAAAGCCCCUGUGGUCCUCUUGCUGCACCACACACUUCCUCAUGGAUUCCAGCAAUGACGAAGCACUUGAUAUCAUUAUCACCAAUGUGGUGGCAACCUUCAGGACCAGAUGCCACCUCAACCUGCGCACCAUUGCCUUAGAAGGAACUAAUGUCAUCUAUAAGCCGGAAGUAGGGAAAGUCCUGAUGAAGCUUCGUAAACCCAAGAUAACCGCCUCAAUCUGGUCCUCAGGGAAAAUCAUCUGCACUGGAGCAACAAGUGAGGAUGACGCAAAGCUGGGUGCUCGCAGGUUAGCACGUCUUCUGCAGAAACUGGGCUUCAAGGUGAGAUUUUCAGCCUUCAAAGUUGUGAAUGUCCUGGCAGUUUGCUCCAUGCCGUUUGCAAUCCACCUCAUAGACUUUACUAAGAACAACCGACCCAUUGCCAGUUAUGAACCAGAGCUCCAUCCUGCUGCCACGUACAGGAUCAAACAUAUCAAGGCUACGAUACAGGUGUUCUCUACUGGCAGCAUCACAGUUACAGGACCAAAUGUACAGAAUGUGGCCACAGCUGUUGAGCAGGUCUACCCACUUCUGUUCGAGUGUCAGAAACCCCGCUACAAAUAGAAGAAAAAAGACGGAGCGAAUGGCGGAACGAGAAGGCACAUCGGAUUGGUUUGUCACAAGUGAGGAAGCAACUUAUCGUUGGAUUUAUUUGUUUGAUUUUAUCGCUGUGCGGCAAACAGCCACAAACUUCUAACACAAUCAACAGACUGGAUAUCACCAGGGUUUAAAAAAAAA